CUCGUGUCCCCCCCCUCUCUGCAGCUCGGGGGGUCCCUCCGGCGGGUCCCCUCCCCCAAAUUCCCGCCCGGGGGGGCCCGGGGGGCCUCGGGGGGGCUCCUGACCCACCUGGGCAGGUGGUUCUACGACGUGGAGGAGGCGGCGGGGUGGGCAGAGAAGGUGAGGAGGAGGCGGCUCCAGAGGAUCAACAGGUCCCGGGGGUCCCUCAAGGACGUUUUUGGGGUCGACAUCGUGGCCGCCGAGUUCGCCUUGUCCUGCGGGGGAGGGGUCAGGUUUUUGGGGCAGGAGAGUUGGAUCCGCCCCGAGACCCCCUGGAGGGAGGAGCUGGUGCAGCUGCGGGACCUGCCCGUGGUGGGGCUGGACCUGAGCGGGACCCCCCUGACCUACGAGGGGAUGGACAACCUGGUGUCCCUGUCCCAGUUGUCCCAGUUGGAUCUCUCGGGGUGUCCCCACGUCUGUGACUGGACCCUGGGGCGACUCCACGUCUUCGGGGCCACCCUGCGGCACCUGGGGCUGGCCCGGUGUCCCCUCGUCACCGAGAGGGGCCUGGCCACCCUGCACCACCUCAGGUGAGUCCCCCAGUACGGCCCAGUAUGGCCCAGUAUCCCCCAUGUCCCCCCAGUGUCCCCCCAGUGUCCCCAGGCCACCCUGCACCACCUCAGGUGAGUCCCCAGUACGGCCCAGUACGGCCCAGUACGGCCCAGUGUGUCCCAGUAUCCCCCAGUUCACCCCAGGGUCCUCCCAGUGUCACCUGUGGCCCA